AAGUGGAGGAAUUGGCGGAAGUGUAGACUCCUAGGAGGUCCCGGGGGCUCCAGGAAAAAAUCAGCCCACAGGUCCCGGCGCCAGGACACAUCAAGUGAAGUGAGGAAGAGGUUCCAGACCCUGGAUAUCGUCAUUUGUGGGGAUACCAAUACCAAAGACUAAGAUUUCUAAGGGCAGUUCAGGAAGAGACUACAGACGCAGCGUCCUAGUUACUGGCCAUUUCCUGAUAACAGAAGAAAAUGAUCAAGGCCCAGGAAUCGCUGACCCCGGAGGACGUGGCCGUGGAGUUCACCUGGGAGGAGUGGCAGCUCCUGGGCCCUGCGCAGAAGGACCUGUACCGGGACGUGAUGCUGGAGAACUACAGCAACCUGCUGUCAGUGGGGUAUCAAGCCAACAAGCCAGAUGUACUCUCCAAGUUGGAACGAGGAGAACUAUGGACAGCAGAAGAUGAAAUCCACAGUCGAAUCUACCCAGAAAUCAAGAAAGUUGACGAUCAUCUACAGGUACACUCACAAAACCAAAGAUGUCUGAAGAGAGGGGAACAUAAUGCAUUUGGAAACAUCAUUCAACAAAGAAAAAGUAAUUUUCCUUUAAAGGAAAAUCAUGAUAUAUUUGACUUACAUGAGAAAAUAUUAAAAUCAAAUUUAAGUUUAAUCAACUUGAACAAAAGCUGUGAAAUCAGGAAUUCUGUUGAGGUUAAUGGAGAUGAGCAAUCUUUCCUCUGUGACAAGCAUGAACAAUUUCAUAAUGAAAUGAAAUUCCCUGAAUGUGGAAAUUCUACGAAUAUAAAUUCACAACUCAUAAAGCAUCAGAGAACUCAAAAGAUGAUACAUAAACCCCAUAUAUGCAAUGAAUGUGGGAAAGCCUUCCUCAAGAAGUCUCGCCUCACUGAUCACCAGAGAGUUCAUACAGGAGAGAAACCUCAUGGAUGCAGUAUAUGUGGGAAAGCUUUCUCUAGAAAGUCCAGACUCACUGAACACCAGAAAACUCAUGUACGAGAAAAACGGUAUGAAUGUACUGAAUGUGACAAAGCAUUCCGCUGGAAAUCACAGUUCAUUGCACAUCAGAAAAUUCAUACUGGAGAGAAACCCUAUGUAUGUGAUUGUGGAAAAGGCUUCAUCAAGAAGUCUCGGCUCAUUAAUCAUCAGAGAGUUCACACAGGAGAGAAACCUCAUGAAUGCAGUCUGUGCGAAAAAGCAUUCUCCAGAAAGUCCAGGCUUGUUGAACAUCAGAGAACUCAUACAGGAGAGAAGCCCUAUGAAUGCACUGAAUGUGACAAAGCAUUCCGUUGGAAAUCACAACUCAAUGCACAUCAGAAAACUCAUACAGGGGAGAAAUCAUAUAUAUGCAGUGAUUGUGGAAAAGGCUUCAUUCAGAAGGGCAAUCUCAUUGUACAUCAGCGAACUCAUACUGGAGAGAAGCCUUAUAUAUGCAACGAAUGUGGAAAAGGCUUCAUCCAAAAAGGCAAUCUCCUUAUACAUCAGCGUAUUCAUACUGGAGAGAAACCCUAUGUAUGCAAUGAUUGUGGGAAAGCCUUCAGCCAGAAGUCAUGCUUAAUAUCCCAUCAGAGAUUUCACACAGGAAAGACUCCCUUUGUAUGUACUGAGUGUGGAAAAUCCUGCUCACACAAGUCAGGUCUCAUUAACCAUCAGAGAAUUCACACAGGAGAGAAACCGUAUACAUGCAGUGACUGUGGGAAAGCUUUCAGAGAUAAGUCAUGCCUCAACAGACAUCGGAGAACUCAUACGGGAGAGAGACCCUAUGGAUGCUCUGAUUGUGGGAAAGCUUUCUCCCACUUGUCAUGCCUUGUUUAUCAUAAGGGAAUGCUGCAUGCAAGAGAGAAACGUGUAGGUUCAGUCAAGUUGGAAAAUCCUUUCUCAAAGAGUCACAGCUCAUCUCAUACAAGUGAUCUUAUUCAGGAUAAAAACCCUGUUAACAUGGUGACCAUGCAGAUGCCUUCUGUGGCAGCUCAGACUUCAUUAAAUAACAGUGAGUUCCAAGCAGAUAGCAAGGUACCCACUGUGGGACAGCCAGUUGCCAGAUAUUCAUCCUCAGCAGACAACAGAAUUUGCACAGAAGAGAAACCUUAUGGAUGCAGUGAAUGUGGUAGUGCUUUCAGUGAUCAAUUACAUCACAUUUUAUGUCACAGGAAAAAACUGUGA